AGGAAAUCUUGGAGUCUGGCUAUGGCUAUAGGCUGGAAUCAAAGUGACAGAGAGCUACCAUGGGUGAAGUUAAGGCAGACAUUUUGCACUGAAAUUUGGAGAUUGCAUAAAACACCAUUUUGCUGGAGUUCAAUCUGCUGCAAACUUUAACAAUCAUUGAUCAUUCCAGAUAUACAUGUUUGUAGCCCUUAAUUGCAUUUUCUGAUGGUAGAGCAAAAGAGUGUGUGUUUCAACUUUAUUGCCAGCAGGUGGUUUCUGAAAGAUCUCAGUGAGCUUUGUACUUCCUGUGAAGGCAGGCAGAAGAACAAAGCCUUCUCUCUUGUCUUUUCCUUGUCCUGCUAUCUGUUCAAUUGUGGUCUCCAGCCUUCUUCGUCAUCCCCAACUGGCUUACAACCUUGGGGGGAAAUGAAGCUGAAAGGAAUACUUAUCAAUGCCAUCCUUCAGGCUCUGCUCCCAGUUGCAGAUGCUGAUGUACUGGGAUUAACAGAUCCAAGGUUGUGCUACAUUCUGGAUGGGGUCCUUUUAGCAUAUGCUAUCAUCAUCACAGCCCUUUUCAUGAAAGAAAAG